GAUGGGCUGGCCAAGUUCACGCUGGAGGGGUUCAUGAAGAACGUGGUGGCCGAGGGCCGCGACUACUCGGUGGUGGUGCAGCUGACGGCGCUGGCGCCCAAAUACCAGUGCGGGCCGUGCCAGGAGCUAGAUAAGACGCUGCGGUCGGUGGCGCGCGGCUGGAAGCGCACGGGCGGGGACCGCAACCGCGUGGUCUUUGGCUCCCUGGAUGUCGAGGACGGCGAGCAGCUGUUCAGCCAAAUGAAAAUCGACAAGAUCCCGCGCCUGAUGAUAUUCCCGGCCGACACCGGCCCGCACAAGUUUGCCAAUCCGCAGACGCGCGAGCUGAACGUCAACGGCAAGACCAUGCGCGCCGAGGGCCUGGCCGAGAAGCUGAGCGAGCUGUUUGGCGUCAAAAUCUCUGCCGAUGUGCCCAUCGACUACUCGAAAUACCUGAUGAAUGCAUGCACAGCGGUUGCUGUCAUUUAUGCCUGCUACUCUGGUCUACAAUUCACCGUCGCCACCAUUUCGUUUGUGCUGCUGAUGACCUCCGGGUAUAUGUGGAACAGGAUCAACGACCCGCCGUACGUGGGCCAGACGGGCGCCCAAGAGGCCGUACUUUUUGCGCCCACAAACCAGCAGCAGUAUGGCGUUGAGACACAGAUCGUCGCU